AUGGCGGUCAGUUUAUCAAUUAGAAAAUUGUAUGUGAAUUCCACGAAAGGUUUUAAUAUUGAAUUUGUUAAACAAAGCACUAGAAAUGCUCAUGGAAAGGGUAAAGUUGUCGAAGGUAAUUCUAAAUUAAGAGAAAUAUGUCAAAACACUCUGACGGAAUUAAGAAACGAAGGUUUGUUGAAAAAUGAAAGAGUUAUUUUAUCAAAACAAGCCACGCAUAUAGAUGUAAGAGGACAAAGUUCUAAAAUACUCAAUUUUUGUGCUAAUAAUUAUUUAGGUUUAGCGGAUCAUCCAGAAGUGAUUGGAGCAGCCAAAGAUGCAAUUGAAAAAUAUGGUUCUGGAGUUGCAUCUGUACGAUUUAUUUGUGGUACUCAACAGAUUCAUAAGGAGUUGGAGUUGAAAAUUUCAAAAUUUCACAACAGAGAAGAUACAAUUUUGUAUCCUAGUUGCUUUGAUGCAAAUGCUGGAAUUUUUGAAGCUUUACUCACUCCAGAAGAUGCUGUUUUAUCUGAUGAAUUAAAUCAUGCUUCGAUUAUCGAUGGUAUUAGACUUUGUAAAGCGGAAAAAAUUAGAUAUAAACAUAGAGAUAUGACCGAUUUAGAAUUAAAAUUAAAAUCAAUGAAAGAGAGCAGAUUAAAAAUGAUCGUGACCGAUGGCGUGUUUUCAAUGGAUGGCAACGUGGCUCCUCUUCCAAAAAUUAUUAAAUUAGCUCAAAAAUAUGGUGCGAUAACAUUGGUAGACGAAUGUCAUGCCACAGGAUUCUUUGGUAAAACAGGCAGAGGUACAGAAGAAUAUUUUAAUGUGAUGGGUAAAGUUGAUAUAAUUAAUUCGACGCUUGGAAAAGCACUCGGUGGUGCAUCCGGAGGUUAUACGACAGGACCUAGGGAAAUGAUAAGUCUUUUAAGACAAAAAUCAAGGCCAUAUUUAUUUUCAAAUUCACUUCCUCCUGCCGUUGUUGGUGCUGCAUCAAAAGUUUUCGAUCUUAUUACCGGGAAAAACACAAUCCAAGAAAAAAUAAUUGAAAAUACUGAAUUGUUUAGAGAAAGCAUGACGAAAAAUUGUUUUAGAAUUGCCGGUGAUAAUCAUCCAAUAUGUCCCGUAAUGAUCGGAGAUGCUAAAAUAGCAGCACAAUUCGCUGAAAAUUUACUCACGAGAGGAAUCUACGUUGUCAGUUUUAAUUAUCCAGUUGUACCGAAAAAUCAAGCGAGGAUAAGAGUACAAAUAUCUGCAUCGCAUACAAAAGAAGACAUCGAAAGAACGGUUGAUGCAUUUGUUGAAGUUGGUAAAAAACUAGGAGUUAUUCCAGCGGAUAAAAAUAAAGCUAAAAAAAUACAGCAAUCAUUUUAA